CUAGAAUCAGGCGACGACGUGCGUCACGCGCGGCUGUUGCCACUCACAGAUCGCUGUAUCGCAGUAUAAAUAGAGGAGCCCCCGAACGUUCGCAGCACCCACACGCACCGUUCGGACACAACCAUGAGGUCCCUGAUCGUCUUGAGCCUUCUUGCCGCGUUGGCAUCGUCCACGUAUGCCUCCAAGUGUGUCACGUACGGUGUGUGCGCGCUGGACGCAGACACGGACAAAGAACUGCCCUGCAGCGCCGAGACGGACCCCGUGCCCAUGGCGAAGAGCGACCUAACCAACGCCUGCCCCGCCCUGGCCACGUCCGACGGAAAGGAGGUGCCCGUCUGCUGCGACGCCAAGCAACUCAAAACCUUCGUUAGCAGCCUCAAGCAGAUCAAUAAUCUCGGUGUGAGCAAGAAGAGCGCCUGCUACCUCAACUUUCAGAACCUCAUCUGCCAGUCGGUCUGCUCGCCGCAGCAGUCCGACUUCAUCGCCGUGAACGCGUCCAAGUCCGCUGAGAAAGGCAAGGCCCACGUCGUCGAGUCCGUGUACGCCAUCAGCAAGACGUUUGCCGAGGGCGUCUACAAUUCCUGCAAGGACACCCGCACCAUCGUCCUCGGCAUAAAGCUCAUGAAGUUCAUGUGCGGAAAGUACGGCUCGUCGAAAUGCUCGCCGGAGCGCUUCCUCGAGUUCAUCGGCUCCACGUCCAGCGAGGGUGGCCAUUCGCCCUUCAAGACCCACUACCUGAUCAGCGAGGCUCCCGUGACGGUCAAUGGCAAACAGCUCACGCCGCUUGACCGGCCUCUGUACAAAUGAGCUACUUCGGCACAAUUACUCCGAAUCCUGGAAGUAUUUUUCCUUCGAUCCCGAAUUAGGUGCGAAACGUACACUUUCUACCUGAAUUUACUACGCUUGUAAUCCAGACAUACACUGCGAAAUUAUAUUAUUCAUGGGUGGUUAAAAAAAAUGGAUAAGGCCUGUACCCCCCGGUGCCCACUGUGCGUCAUUUUUGGUUCACGAAUGCGCUAUAUGUAUACGUGUCAGAGAGAUGAAGUAAAAUAAAAUAUGUGAACCCCUGC